CGUCGCUGGACUUCCAAGCAAGGUUGGAGGGGUUCAUUUAGCCUGAUCCGAAGAUCCGAAGAGCUUUCUACCUCCUCGAUUGCUACCCAACUUUUUCUUUCACUAACUCUGAGUAGAAGAUGAUGGACCGCAACGCAUCGAACCAAGGAGAACCCGACUCUGUGAAGCAAGCCGAGAAAGAACAGCGGAAAGACGCCGAGCUCAAGAACUUUGGCAGCGACCAUGCCUUGGAUGGACGACAGCCCGAGCUGCCCUAUGCUCGACCAGCAGCAGACGAAGACAACAGUGAUAUCCCCAUGGUGGCGGCGGCUCGUCGCCCCAGUGCCCGCAACAGCAUCUUUUGGGGUGAUCUCGUCACGCCCGCUGCUGGCGGCAGAAGAGGAUCCGUACCCGGCAGUUCCGUAUCCAGUUUGACCAUUUCCGAUCUCGGCGACUCGUUCUUUUCCGAGUCCUUCAUGGGCUACUCUCAACAAUUCGGUACCGUGGUAGAAGACGAAGAAGCUCUCUUUGACAGCUCGGGGUCGGAUCACAAACCCGUGUGUCCCAAACGAAGAGAUUCCAUUAGCUCGCAAAAGAUCCACUCGACGCGGUUCAUGCUGUCUCACAACAAUAACCACAACGAUGUGGGUACUACUGGCAAGCGCCUCGACUUGAGUCCGGUACGAAGACCGGGCAGUGAGAUGCCACCGGUCAAACCAGGACGCCGGGAAUCCAUCUCCAAGACCAAACUGAUGAGUCGCAGCCGGUUGUUGGAUCGAAACGCCAUGUACCCUACUCGUCAAGAUAGUGCUUCGACCGUGUCGGACCAAACCACAACCGAUACCAGCAGCAAGGGAGACGACAGCACGCUUACAUCGGCUCACUCGCCCUGUUUGCUGCGGUCGGAUGGCAAACGGAAACUGUUCUCGGGAUGAGCCAAGCAUCGCAAGCAUCUCAUCAGUA